UGUUACCGUAUACUGUCAGCCGUCAGGCUCUUACUACGACGCUGUAUGCUCAGUUCGUUCAUUUAUUCAGCUUUUUAAAAUGUGUUACACUUUUGUUUAAUCUAUGGGCACUUUCUUGUUCCAAACAAAUUGUUGUGUACUACCAUUUCAACCAACUUGGCAAUUUGUCGAACAUUGUGUAGGCUAUUCCAUGCGCUAAUAGUAUGUGUGUAAGGAUGUAGCCAGCUGCCAAUGCGCGUUUUUCAUGGUUAUUACGCAAUUUUCCAAGUGAAAGUAACUGACUUUUCUGCAGUCAUAAUUUAAACCAUGCAGAUGAAUCUACGCGUGUACACAUACAACUAUGGUGCCCUAGACACGCACACAUACGUUACGGUUAUACAGAAUGUGUUCGGCAAGAUUGUUUUCUUAAACUAAUUACAUCAUUAACGCGCACGCUCAAUUUCAGCUGGGGAAAAACUUGACAAAAAUAGUUGUAUUUGGUUGUCCUUUAAACAAUGUUUUUUUUUUCACACCACGCAAGUAUCGAUUAACAGAAUAUUCUGGUUUGAUAAAUGUCUGGAGGUUGCUGCAUUUACUUGAAGCUAGAGUAUGAGACUGAAAGCUUUGAGUUUGUCUGGAGUUUGAGGUUUCUGUGUAGAGUCGUGUCUGUCACUUCUGCUAGCAGACCGCUCGCUGUGGUGUUCGUUUAAUUCCUAAGGCCACCGACAUGACCUGUCUCUCCACUUAAUCUUCUGGCUGUGAAGACACCUGCUCUCUUCACACUAAGCACACACUCAUUUUGGCACCACGAGAGUGCUAAUUCCCAGCACCUCCUCCUUCUCUUCAUCUCUGUCUCUCAGUUUCUCACAGAUUUUUCUAAGACCAUUUCCAUCAUCAUCUCCUUUUGCUGUGUUUUUGUUUCCUUUUUCCACACAUGCAGUUCACUGCACACACACACACACACAUUUCUCAAAGUCUCUACAAGCCCAGUGAAAAUCUGUCACAUGCUGACCCCUAUUUGAAAGCAGAUUUGACAUGAGUGUUUUACCCUCAACAUGUGAAUGUUCUCUAAUGAGGGCGAAAGUACACACUUGUUGACCCAGGCUUUCCUUCUGUGAUUUACGGAGCAGAAAAUCACCCCUUACGCAGCCCAUAACAUGUCUUCUUGCCUGGGCAUUGUGUCUCCAAGGGGUCUCUGUGCCCUCCAACCCCCACUGAUGUGCCUUUGUUGUGGUGGAAGUGGGGCAGCAGCACAUGGGAGGGGAGUGCUGGGUGACUAAAAGAGUUCUUAAACACACAUACCCACACACACACACACACGAACCUGGAGUGUGUCUGAGGAGAGAGUGAGCAAACACAGCAACUCAUCACGCCGCCACAGGAUGGCUGUGGUGAGGACUGCAUUCAGCACAAAGAGCACUCUGUCGUGGAACCCCCCCUCCCAUAGCAACAACCCUCGCUGCUCUGUGCUUCAACACUGAGUCCACGUUUCAUUGCCACUGAACUGAACAUCUUGGGGGUAUGCCUGUGUAUUAGGCAUGUUCUCUCCUAAACUUCAAUAUGAACGGUUUAAAUUGAAAUGCCACCUUGGGCAAAGUUUUAAAUGAAGCAGAAACAUUUUUAUGUAUACAGUUGUAUCAAAUCUUAAAUACCUUUUAAUCUGCGAUCAGGCAAAUGCCCCUGUGGUAAACGGUUAUUUUGCGCUUGGUCAAGUAGUACAAUUAAAGUAGUCCAAUUACUUUGGCCAGGAAGUACAGUGUCAGCACAAUCUCAGCAGAGUACAUUUUUUUUGUACAAACUGGCCAGUGCCAUGCCUUGAUAACAGGGAAUUAGUCUCAUUUUUGGACUUCAAUUGGGCUUGAGCAGAGAACCAUUUGCUCUCUGGAUGAGGCAUACCUCCCUGCCCAGUGGUUGCCAGGUGUAGCGCAGUGACGUGGGUUCACCUGAUUGUUAAUGUUGAGAUUGUAAACAUAUGCUGCCGUUCUGUGGCAGUGGAGCGUGGCCCAGCGUCCAACGUCUGAGCGUUUGACUCCUGUCCAGCCCUGCCUAGAGCUUUGUUUGCUUAGCGCAGUCCGGCUCUCGCAGAGCAGUUCAGCUUUCAGCCCAGGAGUCCAGGGAUGUCGUUUCAUCCCCCCUCAGCGCACCAGGCAGAAGGCACAGGGUCUGGUAACAAUUAUCGCUGUGUGAAAACAUGAGCGACGGAACGCGCAGCAGCUGUGUGAGCGAGCGAGAGGAAGAGAGAGAGAGACCACGGAGGAGAGGUACUGAAGAGUUAAGAGCUCUGCUCCGUAGAGAACAGUCCCGAGAGAACAGCUCAAAGUUCAGCACAGAAGAGCCAGGGAGAGUCAGAACACCUGGGAGCCACAACAAGAGGAUCCGCUGAAGGGCACGGAGGAAUAUGCCAACGGAUUGCACUCAUCCUGAAGACAGGAGUUGUUGCUGAUCAGAAUGGGAAACACAGAUAGCCAGUACAGCAGCUUUAUCCUGCCAGGGAAGCCCAGGCCCUGCUCCUUGAAACUGCACUCAUCCAAAGAGCCGCCUCUCUCCCCACACAGCUGGUGGAGAGGCACUGAGGUGGGCAACAGCUACAAGACCAGCGGCAGGAGCACUGAGGUGGGCAACAGCUACAAGACCAGCGGCAGGGGCACUGAGGUGGGCAACAGCUACAAGACCAGCGGCAGGGGCACUGAGGUGGGCAACAGCUACAAGACCGGCGGCAGGGGCAGGAACGGCCUCUCCCCUCACAAGAGCAGCCAGCCUUACCUCUCGCGCCACUAUGACUAUGUGACCAAAGCCGCCACAGGGGGCGCUAGUGAGUCGCAGCGCCCCUCCUCUCCGCUGCAGUGUGAGAGGGGUGGGUGGGACAGCUGCUACUCCACGUACAGCCAGGUCGCAGGGGAGGGGAGCGGCCUGCAGACUUCGGAGGAGAGGACUGAGGUGGCAUCGGAUCCACUGCCAAGCAGGAACAGCCCCAAAGUGCUCUUCAGUCAGGAUGGCAGCAUGCGGGUGGAGUUCACCAACUCUCGGCGACAGCAGAACGAAGACAACGAGGAGGAGGAGGAAGAGGAGGAGGGGGUGACGCCUCGGCCUAACGCCCAGACCGACGCCAGGCUGCGCACUAGCAACGGCAGCUCGCUGAGCUCCGAGGGCUCCUGGUACGACUCGCCCUGGGGCGCCGCCGGAGAGCUGAGCGACCAUGUCUUCCACCCCAACAACCAGACGGCCGACAACAGCAGCAGCAGCGGCUACACCACCUUCUCCACCUCCACCCGCCACGACAACAACAGCCGCCACGACACCACGUGCUCCUCCGGCGCCAGUGGCUUCAACCCGCGUUUCCACAUCAACCAGUACGGCAGCCGAGGCUACCUCAGCAACGGCUACAACACCUGCUCGUCCGGCCGCACCGAGGACAGCGGGAUCGGGGACUCGCUGGUGGGGCUGCAGGCCGACCACCGGGAGCUGGAGAGGAUGGUGUCGGCUCCGGUGUCCCUCUCCGGGCACUACAGCACUCCAAGCCUGAGCAACCCCUUCCCCCUACCAGCCUCCACCCUUCCGCCACAGUUUCUGGAGGUGCCUCUCCCCCAUCACCGGGUCUCCAUGGCCUCUGCCUUGGAUUCGGUCAGUAUGCGGGAGUGUUCGGAGCCCACCGGGACACAGUACUCCUCACUCACCCUCCCGUGCCGCAAGACUGCACCGGUCGCCGGGGGCAACGCCAGGAAGGACUCGCUGAAGAGCCGCAUCCGGAGGCUCAGUGACUGGACGGGGAGCCUGAGCAGGAAGAAGAGGAGGCUGCAGGACCCCAGCUCAAACGAGCCUACGGAGACCUUCAGGCCCAACAGCCUGGCGGCAGACACCCAGACCAGCGCCUCCUACUGGGGCCUCAGCGUCGCCCCGCAGCCCCUCUCGGGCUCCGGGUUCGGCUCGUCCCUGGGCCUCCACAGCCAGCAGCAGGUCCAGAGCAGCGUGCUGAGGCAGAACAUCUACGAGAACUUCAUGCAGGAGCUGGAGACGGGUAGCAGCUGCGGGAUACUGGCUGAGGGGGGGGCCCAGACGUCGGAGGGAGAGGGCGACCAGGGGGAGGGCGACCAGGGGGAGAGCAGCGGCAGCUCCCUAGGCUCCCUGGAGCAGCUGGACCUGAUGUUUGAGAAGGAGCAGGGGGUGGUGAGGAGGGCCGGGUGGCUGUCCUUCAAACCCCUCCUCACCCUACACAAGGACCGCAAGUUGGAGCUGGUGACCAGGCGCAAGUGGAGGCAAUACUGGGUCACCCUCAAAGGAUGCAUGUUGCUCUUCUAUGAGACCUAUGGGAAGACGUCCUCUGAGCAGGACCUCUCCCCAUCCUACGCCCUGCUGGCAGAGGACAGCAUCGUGCAGGCCGUCCCUGAACAUCCCAAGAAAGAGAACGUCUUCUGCCUGAGCAACGCCUAUGGAGACGUCUACCUCUUCCAGGCUGCCAACCAAACGGACCUGGAGAACUGGGUGACGGCCAUGCACUCCGCCAGCGCCUCGCUGUGUGCCAAGCGGCAGGGCAAAGAGGACACGGUGCGCCUCCUCCGCAGCCAGACCCGCACUCUCCUGCAGAAGAUUGACAUGGACGGCAAGAUGAAGAAGAUGGCGGAGCUACAGCUGUCCGUCAUUAGUGACCAGAAGAACAGGAAGGCCAUUGAGAGCCAGAUCCAGCAGUGGGAACAGAACCUGGAGAAGUUCAACAUGGACCUGUUCCGCAUGCGCUGCUACCUGGCCAGCCUGCAGGGCAGUGAGCUCCCCAAUCCCAAGAGCCUCCUGGCCGUCGCCAGCCGCCCAUCCAAGACGGUGCUGAGCCGCCUCGGGAUCUUCUCUGUCUCCUCCUUCCACGCCUUGAUAUGCACUCGUGAUGAAGCUACCCUGCGGCGACGGAGCCGAUCUCUCUCCAGCAGGACCAGGAACAAGAGAGGCCUUUUCACCUCGCUGAAGGGCCUGGACAACCUGACCAAGCGCAACGGUCGGGACCAGAAACAGACCUCCAUGCAGAGGCUGGACAGCUUUGCCAAACUCCAUUCAAUUGCGCCCCCUGAAGGCAGCCCAUGGGACAGCAGUCUGGAGAGCCUGGUGUGCGUGUACAUGCCCGACGGCCACGUGGUCACCGUGAACAUCAAACAGGACUCCCUGGUGGCCGACGUUCUUUCCCAGGCCUGCAAGGGGCGUCAGCUGGAGCCGUGCCUGUUUGGCCUGCGAGUGAAGAGGCGUGUGGGGGAGGACGUGCAGGUUCACACAGCCUCCUCCACUGAUGCACUGAAAGACCUGGUGUAUGAGGAGCUGGAGGUGUUCCCCCUCAGCGUGUUCACAAGACACCUGUCCCGUGCGGACGCCUCCUCUGACUUUGGUUUUGCUGUGACAGGCCAUGUGGAUGGACUUGGGCGAAGCCACAUUUACAUUAGUGAGGUGCACACAGAGGGCCUAGCUUUCUCAGAAGGUCUGCGAGCUGGGGAUGAGAUUCUGGUUCUGAACGGGACGAGCGUGACCUCGUUGGACCUGGGUCUGAUGCAGGCCUACUUCAGUCAGCAGAGCGUCAGUCUGGUGGUGUGGCGAGAGGAGGCCGUCUCAGAUGACCAGAGCUCCCUCUGGCCUGACUGUGACUCCAGCGAGUCCCACCGACCCGUCCCACCCCCAGAACAAGUCCACCACAUGGAGCACUUCCCCCCCUGGUCUUCAGAUUCACCUCCAGCUCAGGAAGUUCCAGAAGGCUCCAUAGCAGCAGGUUCUGGUUCUGAGGACGGAACUCUGCAGAAUGUUCCCUCUGAUGAUUCUGAGCCUCACAGGACGAGUGCAGAGAAUGUGAACACAUUAUACCAGACCUUCCCAGAGGGCUCUGCGCUGGAGCCUGAGGGCCACAGGAACCCUUACUGCAGUGACCCCGCCCCUCCGAGGCCAUGUCCCCGCCACAUGUCAAUCACAGAGAGGCUCCGCAAGGUCAUCCAGGAACUGGUGGACACGGAAAAGUCAUACGUAAAGGACCUGGGCUGUCUGUUUGAGAUUUACCUGAAGCCCUUGCAGAGUGAGACUUUCCUCACCCAGGACGAGAUGGAGUCUCUGUUUGGCAGCCUGCCUGAGAUGCUGGACUUCCAGAGGGUGUUCCUGCACACGCUGGAGGAGCGCAUCGCCUCCUCGCCCGACUUCAGCAUCCUGGAGACUCCUGAGCAGUUUAAGAAGCUGCUCUUCUCUCUGGGAGGAUCUUUCCUGUACUACGCUGACCACUUCAAGCUGUACAGUGGCUUCUGUGCCAACCACAUCAAGGUCCAGAAAGUCCUGGAGCGAGCAAAGACAGAUCAGGCGUUCAAGGAGUUCCUUGAGGCGAGGAACCCCACCAAGCAGCACUCCUCCAGCCUGGAGUCGUACCUCAUCAAGCCUGUGCAGCGAGUGCUCAAGUACCCACUGCUCCUGCGAGAGCUGGUGUCCCUCACCGACGCCGAGAGCGAGGAGCACAGCCAUCUCACAGAGGCCCUUCGAGCCAUGGAGAAGGUGGCGAGCCACAUCAACGAGAUGCAGAAGAUCUAUGAGGACUACGGCACUGUGUUCGACCAACUGGUAGCGGAGCAGAGCAGCCGAGAGAAGGAGGUUACUGAAAUCUCUAUGGGGGAGUUCCUGCUUCACUCCUCGGUCCUGUGGCUGAACCCUCUUCCCUCUCUGGGUCGCAUGAGGAAGGAUCCGGAGCUCACCCUCUUCCUCUUCAAGAGGGCGGCCAUUUUGGUGUACCGCGAGAGCACCAAGCUCAAGAAGAGAAUGACUGCGUCCCGUUCAGCUUACUCUCAGGGAGACAUGGAUCCCUUCAAGUUCCGCUGGCUCAUCCCUGUAUCCGCACUGCAAGUCCGCUUGGGAAACACAGCAGGCUCAGACAACCCCUGCAUCUGGGAGCUGGUCCACACCAAGUCGGAGGUGGAGGGGAGACCAGAGACCGUGUUCCAGCUGUGCAGUAGUGGUUUGGAGAGCAAAGCCAACGUGGUGAAGACCAUCCGGUCGAUGCUGAGGGAGAAUGCCAAACGGACGGUCCCCGACGAGAGAAGCUGCAGAGACCAUCUGGUCACCUUCAGGAGACCCCAGCCGGCUCCCCCGGCUCAGAUGGGGCCCUGGUUACCACGGCAACUGCCUCCCCCGAACGGUCUCAGACCCAGUCCGCUGGACCUGGAUGGAGACUGCCACUCUGAGCCCCCCCUGCCCAGCCGCCCCAGGGACUACCCCAGCCAUCGGAGCCUCCAGCUGGACAAGCGGGCCCGGCUCCACUCCCUCACCAGCGCCCUGGAGGCCCAGCUCCAGAGGCUGAGCUUCGGCGAGGAGGCGGCCUACGGCGGGGAGGGCGGCAGACUGAAGAGGGCGGUUGAGCACCACCAGGGCGGCCAAGGCACUGUGGGCCUGGUGGACUCUCAGAGCUCCAUGGAUCUCAACUCUCUGCUGGCCAGAGACUUCAGUGUUCAGAGCCUGGCCUCCGUGGUCAACGAGGACUGCUUCUACGACGCCGUCAUGGGCAUCCAGAAAGCUGCGAUACCCACCCUGUAGGAAGGACUAAACCAGCGGCAGGUCAAGAGACAACCUUGAAGAGCAGAGGAUUCUGGACAAGUGUGGUUGAAUGUGCUGUUUCCAUGGUGACGGAGCUUUGAAUGGACCGAAUGUCGAAAGUUGAAAUGCUCACAGGAGUUUAAGCCUUAAUUUGUAGCUGAACGUAAGAAUACCUUGAAAGCCAUCAUGCUGUAGCAGAAGAAAGAUGGAGAUGUAUGUAAGUUGAUAUAUGAUCUGCUCCUUCAACAGAAGCUUGAGUGUUUAGACUCCAUCAGCACUAUGCAGUAUAUCCAUAGAACCUAUAGAGUUCACUGCAUUUCCUGCUUUGUGGCCUUGUUUUCUAAGCACUAAGACCAUUUGCCUCUGUCAACUGACAUUCUCCCUUUUGCUUGUACAUUUUAGCUUUUUUCGACAAAGGCAAUUUUAGUUUAAAACUCGAAUUGCUUGAUUGAAAAAAAAACGUAAUGGAUAUUCAAAGAUUCACAAAGAUGCACAAAUGACUAUUUUGUCUAAAUUAUAUUUGUAUAUUUCCUAUUCUUUUUAGUAUUAUGUUUGUGAUUUACAUUUAUAAGAACUUCUUUAUCUAAGUGGCAUGCUUUUGUUUAAGUUCAAAAAAUGUCCUAGAUGUCUUUAGCUUUGAGGUAAUUGCGGUAUUAUUUUUCAAGUAUUAUUGUCAAGAUGUUUUCAGUUUCACUCAAACUUGGCUGAAGUGUAAUUUAUUUGUAAUAUAUUCUUGAUUCUUUAUGUACGCAUUUCUUGGCAUUGUACAGAUAAAGUGUAAUAUUUAAUAAAUGCUGUCUUAUAUAA